AUUAGGCAAAAUAUCAGUUUCUACCUACAUAAAUCACCACGGAGCAGUAGAGUUUGAUGAUGGCGAUUCAUGGGCACAGAACACUUGAACACUUCCAUUGGAAGCAGAGACGGUAAUCAAGGACGUGUAUGUGGAAUAAAGAAUCCAAUGUUUGUUUUGUUUUGUGCAAAGCUAGCACUGCACCUCUAGGCUAUAAAAUCUUGCCUCUCUUUUGUCUUUGCUACAAGUACACCAAAAACCAAAAAAUCGAAGCCAAUACGCCAUGCCUUUUUAAACACGCACCGGGAAAAAAAAAGGCAGAACCAACCCAAAGGCUACCCAAAGCAUGCCUCCCCCAGCGCCCGUAUUUGUGCUAUGCUUGAACAGAAACGAAAAAUGAUGAUGGAAAAAAGUUCGACAGCAAAAACAAUUGUCAAAGUGACAGAC